AUGUCGUUCAAACGCCUCGUCCGUUUCGCACCAAAGAGUGAUGACAGUGCCGUCGUCCUAGGCGAGCCUGUCCAGGAUGACAUCGACGUCGGCGCUGCCGUACGCAAGGGCGAGGAUGUCAAGGCCAGGGUCUUCAGUGGCACCUCUGCCCUCAACCCUGGCUCAUUGACUGAUCGGGUCGAGAGCAUCGGGAGGAUCCUCUCCCCACUGGCCCAGAGCGAGGUCGGCACCAUCCGGUGCAUCGGACUGAAUUACCGUGGCCAUGCCGAAGAAGCCAGCCUGGCUAUCCCAUCGGUGCCAACCUUGUUCCUGAAGCCGGACACUGCACUCGCCGACCCCUGGCCCGCGCCGACGCUGAUCCCCAAGCACACCAUCGCCGACGACAGCGCCGACUACGAGUCGGAGCUGGCCAUCGUCAUCAGCAAGACGGCGCGCAACGUGUCCGAGGCCGACGCCCUGGACUACGUCCUGGGCUACACCGCCGCCAACGACGUGUCCAGCCGGACGAGCCAGUUCGCCCAGACGCAGUGGUGCUACUCCAAGGGCUUCGACGGCUCGUGCCCCAUCGGCCCCGUCCUCGUCUCGCCCAAGGUCAUCCCCGACGUCGCGGCCCUGCGCAUGCGCGGCCUGAAGAACGGAAAGGUCCUGCAGGAGAGCAAGCUCGAUGAUUUGAUCUUCAACGUGUCAAAGGUCGUCAGCUUCGUCUCGCAGGGCACCACGCUUCAGCCGGGAACUGUCAUUAUUACGGGCACACCGAGCGGCAUCGGGGCCUUCAGGAACCCCAAGGAGUACCUCCACGAGGGCGACGAGUUCGUUGUGGAGAUUCAGCCGCACAUCGGAAGUCUGUACAAUGUCUUUGAGAAUGAGAAAUAG